AUGCGCCUGUGGUUUUUUCCUUUCAGUCAGUAGGGUUCUACAUGUAGCACUGGCUGGAUUUUCUAAGGUACUGGCAUUCAAAAGAACUCUUCUACAAAGGAUUAAAUAUCCAACAUCCAUCAUCUGGGACCAUUAUAUAGCCUAAAUCAGUCCAGUAUGUGAGAUCAUCGCGGUCUUUCGGGCUCUGUGCUUGUCUUUACAUUGGUUUAAGCUUUGUUUAUACGUCUUGUGUCUACAAUGAAGGAUUACACAAAGCAGCAAGACACUAUGGAAAUGGGAGAAUGUGAUACAACCAGCGUUCAAUCGUCUGAUUUCGGUCAAAGGUUUGGCUCCAUUAUCUGAUUAUCUUCAGUAUCUUCUCUUGGCCAUAUUCACUUCUCUUGGCUCCUCCCUCAAUUGUGACAUUUGCUCCACCCACUCCACACAGUUUAUCUUUAUGGAGGACUGUGAUGUGGACAUGGAUGAAGAGGAGGGAGAAGUGUACAUAAGAAAUGCAAUAACAGGCCACUGGUGGGUAGACUGUGGAGACGAUGACAACUGUGACAUUCAGCACCAGAGGGGGGGAAGAGGCGGCAUGGUAAACAGCCGCAGUUGGGCCGAAGAGCUCCAGGAUAUUUUUGCACCACAGACAGAGGACUGUUACAGUGGAGGGCGAACAAGGCUGUCCAGCAUCUCUGCCCAGAGGAAUGAGCGAGAGUCCAUCAGGCAGAAACUUGCCCUUGGCAGUUUCUAUGACGACGAGCCAGUCAUCUACACCAGCUGCAGCAAGAACGGCCCAUCCUCCCGGUGGGUUUGCAAUGAGCUGCAGAGUAGUGUGAACCUGCAGGUGUGUUUUGUAAAUGACAGCAGCAGUGACAAAGACAGCGAUGCAGAGGACAGUAGGACAGAGACCAGUCUGGACACUCCCCUGUCACCUGUGAGUAAACAGAGCUCAUCGUUAUCCGACCGGGACACAGGAGAGGAAGACUCAGACCCGUUAGAUGACUGUGGGGGGUUCUGGCGGGUGCAACGAAGGCUCCAGGAGGAGGCCCGGGUGGCGUUGGCUCUGGCUCGACCCAUGGCCCGUAUGCAGGUGGAGGUGGAGCGGCAAAUCCAGUUUCACAGACGUUCACCGGUAGCUGACCUGCUUCCAAAUCUACCCCAUAUCAGCGAGGGCUUGAUGAAGAGGAAUCUGAGACGAGGGGACAUGAGGGACAUGAGUCUUGGACAGCUGCAAGUCAUCACAAAUGACUUACACUCGCAGAUUCAGAGUUUAAAUGAGGAGCUUGUGCAGUUGCUGCUAAUGAGGGAUGAGCUUCAUGUGGAGCAGGACGCCAUGCUGGUGGAUAUAGAGGACCUCACCAGGCAUGCUCAUACCCAUCAGAGACACCACGCAGAGAAAUCUAUCUCUAAAUAAACCCCCUGUCUACACAUGUGUCUGUCUGCACGCCAUCAAACCUCCUGCUACAUGGACCAUCACCACUGUUACUAAUGAAGCUCCAUCUGUGCUGACUGUCUUUAGAGAAAUAAAUAAAUGCACUGAGUAUUACACACACACACGGUUGUUUAAUAUAUUGCACUAUGUAUCAUGAAACAGCUGAGUUUGUGCAGGCUUUUCCCUUCUACUCAGCAACUACUUUACAGAACAAACGGGAAAUCAUCGUGACUUAACUCAACCCGUAACCCUUGUUUACCUCUUGAUUCUCAAAGAUGAUUUUACACGUGUUCGUCGGUGUGUUGGACAGAGCACAUGCACAUUUUUGAGUUUCCGUGAAAAACCAUAACCAGUAAGUUAUGUGUUGUCAUAUUAGUCGAAAAGAACAGAUCAAUUUAUCGACGUACGCUAACUUUAAAACCACCAUGUCAUCGCUGUUAGAAUUCACUAUUAAACAUUUAUUAUCUGAGGUGUUGCAACAGAAAAUGAUAAACAAUCUGUAUCUGUGCAGAUUUGCAGCUUAGCUUUACAGUGGUGUCUAAAUGCUGCAGAAGCUUCACAAAGAUCAGCAGGACACACAUAAUUGAAUAUUACUCCGUAGCUGCUAUUGCACAGUUUCCACCUGCUUAGAGGUAUACAGGAAAAACACAUAGACACAUAUCUCCUUGCCAAAUAUACACAGGUAGAUAACUGACGAGAUGUGUUUCAAGUAUUAUUUCUAAAUUAUUAGAGAUAGAAAAAGGCAAAAGGGGAGGCAAACAGUCUAAAAAUAAAAAAUAUGCAAUGUGAUUUUUUUGUUCUGCUAAGUUUUACUAAUGCUAAAAAUGGGUAAAUGAAAAAUGUAAAGUAAAUAUAUUCAUAAAAUGAAACCUAGAUGUAUAUUAAUUUAUUUGUUUAAAGUAUUUAUGGACACUGUGUGUAAACAAUAGGACACUUUAUGGAAAGGAUGAAGGACAUGCCUUGCUGUCUGGCUUUGUUUAACUGUGUUUUCACUCGCUUUUUAAGAAUGUCAUUCACACAAAGUUACAAUUUCCUUUUCUAUUGUAUGCUUUGUUGACUAAUGUACUGUAAGAUGGUUGUAAAAAAAAAAAAAAAAAAAAUACUAAUAAAUGGUUCAAGUGUGUUAGCAUUA